CGACCCCGAGCCCAGCCGCCGAGCCAUGGCCCUGAGCGAGCUGGCGCUGCUCCGCUGGCUGCUAGAGAGCCGCCACUCGCGGAAGCUCAUCCUGUUCAUCGUGUUCCUGGCGCUGCUGCUGGACAACAUGCUGCUCACCGUCGUGGUCCCCAUCAUCCCGAGCUACUUGUACAGCAUUAAUCACGAGAAGAACGCCACCGAAAUCCAGACUGCCAGGCCAGGGCUCACAGCCUCUACCUCAGACAGCUUCCAGAGCAUCUUCUCUUAUUAUGACAACGCCACUAUGGUCACGGGCAACAGCACCCGAGCCCUUCACGGGGGGCUGCUGCAGCCGGCCACCACACAGCGCGCGGUGACAAACACCUCCACGGUGCCUUCUGACUGUCCCAGUGAGGACAAGGACCUCCUGAAUGAGAACGUGCAAGUUGGCUUGCUGUUUGCCUCUAAAGCUACCGUCCAGCUCCUCACCAACCCCUUCAUAGGAAUGCUGACCAACAGAAUUGGCUAUCCAAUUCCAAUGUUUGCGGGAUUCUGCAUCAUGUUUGUGUCGACAAUUAUGUUCGCCUUCUCUAGCAGCUACGCCUUCCUGCUCAUCGCCAGGUCGCUACAGGGCAUUGGCUCAUCCUGCUCGUCUGUAGCCGGGAUGGGCAUGCUGGCCAGCGUGUACGCGGAUGACGAAGAGCGAGGCAACGCCAUGGGCAUCGCCCUGGGAGGCCUGGCCAUGGGGGUGCUAGUGGGCCCCCCAUUUGGGAGUGUGCUUUACGAGUUUGUGGGGAAGACAGCUCCGUUCCUGGUGCUGGCUGCCCUGGUGCUCUUGGAUGGAGCUAUUCAGCUCUUUGUGCUCCAGCCGUCCCGGGUACAGCCAGAGAGCCAGAAGGGGACGCCGCUAACCACAUUGCUGAAGGACCCCUACAUCCUCAUCGCUGCAGGGUCCAUCUGCUUUGCAAACAUGGGGAUUGCCAUGCUGGAGCCAGCCCUACCCAUCUGGAUGAUGGAGACCAUGUGUUCCCGCAAGUGGCAGCUGGGCAUUGCUUUCUUGCCAGCUAGCAUCUCUUAUCUCAUUGGAACCAAUAUUUUUGGGAUGCUCGCACACAAAAUGGGGAGGUGGCUUUGCGCUCUUCUAGGAAUGAUAAUUGUUGGAAUCAGCAUUUUAUGUAUUCCUUUUGCAAAAAACAUUUAUGGACUCAUAGCUCCCAACUUUGGAGUUGGUUUUGCAAUUGGAAUGGUGGAUUCAUCAAUGAUGCCCAUCAUGGGCUACCUGGUCGACCUGCGGCACGUGUCUGUCUACGGGAGCGUGUAUGCCAUUGCAGAUGUGGCGUUCUGUAUGGGAUAUGCCAUAGGUCCUUCUGCUGGUGGGGCUAUCGCAAAGGCAAUCGGAUUUCCAUGGCUCAUGACCAUUAUUGGAAUAAUUGAUAUUCUUUUUGCUCCUCUCUGCUUUUUUCUUCGAAGUCCACCUGCCAAGGAAGAAAAAAUGGCUAUUCUCAUGGAUCACAACUGUCCCAUUAAAACAAAAAUGUACACCCAGAAUAAUAUCCAGUCGUAUCCGGUAGGUGAUGAAGAAUCUGAAAGUGACUGAGAUCCUCAAAAGUCUCAAAGUAUUUAUCGUAUAAAACCGUGUUUCCAGAAGUGAAAUGACUCCUCCAGAACGGUCUUAGUCCUACCAUUCAUCCCUGGUGAAAGCGAAACCACCAAAGGUUAUUCAUUCUUCUCCAUGGUUGUGAUGGAUUGCCAACAGCCUUAUAAAGAAAAAGCAGCUUUUCUAGGGGUUUGUAUAAAUAGUGUUGAAAACUUUAUUUUAUGUAUUUGAUUUUAUUAAAUAUUGUACAAUAUAUUUUGACGAAAUAGAUAUAGUGUAAAUCUAUAAAUAUUUGAAUCCAAAUCAAAUAUAAUUUUUAAAAAACUUACAUUCAUGAACACUUGGGCAAAAAAACUUAUAUUUUUUCUGAAUAUUGGUAAUGAGUGUUUAAAAUGAAAGCACACAUUAUCUCCGAGACACUUCCAACACUGAGAAACUAGAAGGAAGUCUGAAAAACAGAAUCAAGUAAGACAGCAUAUGAUGUUGUGACACUGAGUGUGGUUAACUUGUAAUUACUAUCAAUAUAUUUAUGAGCUAAAAGCUAGUUAUCUCAAAUGCAGAGGACAGGAAGUUGAGUCCGUCAUCUUUUGGACUUACCCAUAAUCGUGGCUGGCAUUAGUUUUCUACAGAAUCAUCUACCUGGAAACAGAUGGUUGUAAAUUAUGUAUUUACAUGUCGUGUGGCGGGCAGCGGACACUAAAGCCAAUAGGGAAAUAGUAAAUGUUCUGAAAGCGGAGAAAAGCACCCAGAAGUAUAGUUAUGUACAACUAGCUUUCCCUUUCUAGUAUAUAUUUGAUUGUCUUAGGAUGAAAAGAAAAUUGAGGGUAGAUACACCUUGUACUUUCAACUUUUAGAAACGUAAAAGGCUAAUAGCUGCUAUGAUGUGAAAAAAAUCUGACCAUACCUUUUUGACCUGGUAGGUCAUCCAAGUGUCUAUUAAGUUUUGAAUUGCAACUAUUAUUUUUUAGACUUCUGAAGGUUGUUCACGUUAAUGUGAAAAAUUUUAAACGAAGAUGGAGGAGGAAUGAAAUUAUCUUGAAUCACAUUAGGAAAACAGGUAAAAAUAGUAGGUCAGGACACAUUCCCUUUCAAAGACAGAAAAACCCUAGAAACAUCUAGAAAUGUCUGUGUAUUCUUCUAUCAUCUAGUGCUGUAUAAUGUGGUUUUUCUAAGCAUGACAACAUUGACGUGCCUUUUCAAUUUAACAGCAAAUACUGUGUUAGCACUGUCAGU